AUGGAGGUCACCGAUCUGCGGGCUGAGCGGGACCAGGCGCAAGAGAGAUUGUCCAGCAUGGCGUCUCUUCUCCCUGCUGCUUUGGGCCACAAACGAGCACGUUCCGAGUCCGAUUCUCCAGCCCAGUCUGCUCGCGUCUCCAAGGCCGCUCGAUCAACUUCAGGUCCCUUCCCGGCUGGCGCUCUGAGUCAGAGCGAUGCGUCUAGAUCUUCGAUCGAAGUAUUGUCUGCAGUGGCUGUCGCUCAUUCGACCGCCAAGGGUGCUUCGUCUUCGCCUGCAGCUUUCGAUGCGGGCGCCCAUUCCGACGGUGGCGAGACCUCUUCCGGCAAAUCCAGUUCUACUCACGUUUUUGACUCGGAUGCCGCAGGAAGCGACAGUGGUUCAGUGGAGUUGAGUCGCGGUAGGGACCAGCUCGGAAUGCCAUCCGGUCCACUAUCGGACAUUGAACUGGCGGAUUUACCGCGUACCACAUUUCCCCGGUCGGAGUGCAUCCCCAGUUAUCGUGAUCGUCGUAGCUUUCGCAGCCACGAUAUCGCCCCCUGGUCUGCGCAGGAUAUUCGUCAGACAAACAUCGUGGAGAUGGACGCGGAUCUGCUGUUUCAUCAUUUUGCCAAGCCGAUGGAAUGGCAAAUCCCUCUUCGCGACCCCGUGCCUCCGCUUGGAGAAUGGCGAAACGAUCUAGUGGACGAGAGCAACGUACGCAACUUGAUCGAGUCUGCUCCGUGGGAAAUCCUUGCUGCCAAGAUCGAUCCUCUCACGUUCCGCGAUCGAGGCUGGUUCCGACACAUGAUGCGAAUCUACGCUUCUUACGAGGAUGAGCAUCUUUCGGGCUUAUUGGGACUCUACCCACGCCUUUCCGCCGGCGCCCGGUGGAAAUCGUUCCUCCAACAGGUGCUGAUCGGCUUGCUCCGAGGUUACUGCGACCUUGACCUGUUGCUGGAUCCCUUCUUCCUGCAUUUCCCUCGACCUGGCGAGGCAGGUGCCUGGUAUCCUGGGAUCGAGGACGGAGCCGAUCCUGAUGAUCUACUGGAGGCGUUGACCAUCACGGACGUGGCCGAUCGCUGGCGCAAUCACUAUCGCGAGGUACCAGGGGAUCACCCGGCGCUUGGGAUCGCUCGCUUGCCUGGCAAGUUCGUGCCCUCCUCUUCCUGA